AUGUUUUUCCUUGCAAAUCUGGAAAUAACACGAGACAUGUCUAAAGAAGAUCUCCCACAACAAAUGGUCGAUCCAGUAACUCUACAAAAGGCAGCAAAUGUUAUUAAAGACGUUGGAUAUAUCAUCUUUUUUACCGGAGCAGGUAUUUCAGCGGAAAGUGGGAUCAACACAUUUAGAGACCCAGAACACGGCGUUUGGGCGAACAAAAUUGGAUUGGUGAUGUUUGGGACACCAUUUGGGUGGAAUUGGAUUCCAGGAAUCAGUUGGUAUUUUUAUAGAGGCUUUUUGGAGCCGAUUGUGAGUGCACAACCCAAUGCAGCGCACCUAGCGAUCACACAAAUGUAUAAGAGACAAGACAAAAAGGUCAAGGUUAUCACACAAAACGUCGAUAAUUUGCACCAAAAAGCAGGGAUACCAGAUAAAGACUGCGCCGAACUUCAUGGCACCGUAUUUAAGUAUCGGUGCAUCACUAAUGGACACCCCCUUGAUGUAAAUAUUGAAAAUGGAAUACCUGAGAGUUCGCCAAUAUGCCCAAUUUGUAAAUCAAACGGAAGACCAAAUGCCACAUUAUUCACUGAAAGUCUACCAAGCGAGGCUUUCGACAAUGCAGAGAAAUGGACACAAGAAUGUUUGGAUGAACACGGUGUUAUGGUCAUUAUUGGAACAACAGGAGUUGUAUAUCCAGCAGCAAGUAUCGCAGAAAACUUUAUCGAAAAUGGAGGAAUUGUUAUUGAAAUAAAUCCAGAACCAUCAACAUAUACACCACAUGUUAAUUACUUCUUGAAAGGUAAUGCGGGACAAGUAAUGCCAGAAUUGUUUCGAUUGGCUUUUGGUGAAGUUACUGACGAUGAAAAUAUUGAAACACACAUUCACGAGAAAACAGAAGAAAAGAGUGAUGUGAAAGAAACAGAAAAAGAGUUUGAUGAUAAAGUGGAGAGAGUUGAAGAAAAGAAAGAAAAACUAAAAGAGGAAAAAGACAAGAAAGAAGAAAACAAGUAA